UGUGAUAUCAACGACAUGGCGUCCCUGAAAGUCUGGUCACUUCUACUGCUGACUGCUGUGGUCGGCUCGAAGAAUGUCCCGUCACGCAUUGCGGGAGGCGACAGCACCUCGAUCGAAUACUACCCAUCGGCCGUGCAAGUUGACAUGCUACUUGCUAUCUUCUGGUCCCAGAGUUGCAGUGGCACUAUCUUGACUUCCAGAUACAUUUUGUCGGCUGCCUCCUGCUUUAGUGGGACUCUGUUUCUCCCCCGGUUUCGCCGCGUGAGAGCUGGUAGCAGCUACCGCAAUACUGACGGCCAAGUGGUCGUAGUUGAAGAAGUUUUCAACAACCCUGCUUUCGGAGAGAAUGGCCUCGACUCUGAUAUCUCAGUGGUGCGACUUACGGAACCUCUGAUCUACAACCCGGUCGUCCAACAAGGCACCAUAGUCGCUCCUGGUAGUACUAUUCCUGACAAUACACCUGUCAUCCAGAUUGGAUGGGGCGCAUCGCUUGACGAACUAGCAUCACAAACACUUCAAGAAACCACUGUUGUCACAGUCAACAGACAACUCUGUUCGAUGAAUUACGAAGAGCUUGACAAUGAUAACUUUGUUAUCACAGAAAACAUGAUUUGUGCUGGAGCGCCUGCCGGAGGCAGGGGAGCCUGCAGUGGAGACGCUGGCGGUCCGCUCUACUACGAUAACAAUGGAGCUCUCAUUGUCGUUGGCAUUAUUUCCUUCCAGGAAGGUUGCGGUAAUGCGACCUUCCCCAGCGUUAACACGGCCGUCUCACCAUUCACCAAUUGGAUCAUCGACACAGUUAGCCAAUAAUUUAUUUUUAAUUUACAUUGUGCAA